AACUCCAAGACCUCCAUUGUUGCGUCCUCCAUUGAUUCUUAUCCAGACCUGUAAAUUCUCUCGCCUUUUUACAGACACCAGCGAGUGCUUCAUGCUUCUAGAACGAGAAAGUGAGUGUUAAUCUUUCUAUUUUUGGAGAGAUUGAGAGAGAAUUUCGCGCUUGUGUUGUUCGUUGUGAUCGGAAAAAGGAUGAGCGACGGGAAGAAAGGAGAUCAAAACUCGGAAGCUCCAUUCCACGUGGUUCACAAGCUUCCUGCCGGUGAUAGUCCCUAUGUUCGAGCGAAACACGUCCAGCUUGUUCAGAAGGAUCCAGAAGCAGCCAUAGUUCUAUUCUGGAAGGCAAUAAAUGCGGGAGAUAGAGUAGAUAGUGCUCUGAAAGACAUGGCAGUUGUCAUGAAACAACAAGACAGAGCAGAAGAAGCCAUUGAAGCCAUAAGGUCUUUCAGGGAUCGUUGCUCCAAACAAGCUCAGGAGUCACUAGACAACGUUCUCAUUGACUUGUACAAGAAAUGUGGAAGAGUUGAGGAGCAGAUAGAGCUGUUGAAGCAGAAACUUCGGAUGAUUAAUGAAGGAGAGGCUUUCAAUGGAAAGGCCACCAAGACAGCUCGCUCUCAUGGAAAGAAGUUUCAGGUCACCAUCAGGCAAGAGACUUCAAGGAUACUGGGGAACUUGGGAUGGGCUUACAUGCAGCAGCAGAACCACAAGGCGGCGGAGGCGGUGUACCGGAAAGCCCAGAUGAUAGACCCAGACGCCAACAAGGCCUGCAACCUCAGCCUCUGCCUCAUGAACCAAUCUCGCCAUUCCGAAGCAAGGCUGGUCCUUCAACAAGUCUUAAACGCCAAGCUUGUAGGAUCCGACGACCCCAAGUCAACAAAACGAGCACAAGAGCUCAUGGCACAGCUCGAACAAUCCCAGCCCCGAUCCACCCAGUUUUUGGCUGCCAAUGAGAGAAUAGAAGAUGCCUCCAUCAUUGAGGGACUCGAUCACUCUAUGAUGAACCAAUGGUCGCCCUUGAGAUCUAGAAGGCUUCCCAUUUUUGAAGAAAUUUCCCAAUUUAGAGAUCAACUCGCCUGUUGAUUCCACGGGUCAGCAUCCAUCUAAAAAAUUUGACAGUUCUUUUUUUUUUUUUUUGAAAAAUAGAAAAAUAUCUUAUUUUCUGUCUUUUUUUUUCUCCUUAUAUUUGUCGAAAAUUAAAUGAUCGUCAACUAAAAAUAGGUGUCGGGUUUUGUAACCAAGAAUUGUUCUUGAUUUUUUUAGAAGUUGGAUUUUUUUUUUUCUUUUCCUUUGGGGUCUUUAUAGGUGUGUUUUAUUGACUCUAGAGCACGGUGACGAAAGGAGCUUGUAAAGGGGGCGUUUGAAAAGGUUGGGUUCAGUUUUAUAGUUUAGUCUUUUUGCGUUGUGUAUUGUAUAAUGGGAGAGAACCCAUUUGUUUGCCUGAUGGUUUCAAUAAUUGCAAUGUUACUGUUCAUAUU